GGCGACCACCUCGCACAUGUUCAUGUACUCCCUGACGAUCCAGCCGCCCACUGCGAUCACUCAGGCGAUUCUGGGCCAGUUUGCCGGCACCAAGGAACAGCAGAUCGUCACCGCGUCGGGCUCCAAGCUCACCAUCCACCGCCCCGACCCGACGCAGGGCAAGGUCACUCCGCUCUUUUCUCAGGAUGUCUUUGGAAUCAUUCGCUCCCUGGCCGCCUUCAGACUGGCUGGUAGCAACAAAGAUUACAUUAUCAUUGGCUCGGACUCGGGACGCAUCACUAUCAUUGAGUAUGUGCCCUCACAGAACCGGUUCAACCGGAUUCACCUCGAGACGUUUGGCAAGUCUGGUGUCCGCCGGGUAGUCCCGGGCCAGUAUCUGGCCGUGGACCCCAAGGGCAGAGCUUGCAUCAUCGCUUCCAUCGAGAAGAACAAGCUGGUCUACGUCCUGAAUCGGAACUCGCAGGCCGAGCUGACGAUAUCUUCCCCAUUGGAGGCCCACAAGCCACAGACCUUGGUCUUUGCCAUGACGGGUCUGGAUGUUGGGUAUGAAAACCCGAUAUUCGCGGCGCUCGAAGUGGACUACUCUGAGUCGGAUCAGGAUCCCACGGGUCAGGCCUACGAAGAACUCGAGAAGCACCUGGUUUACUACGAGCUGGAUCUGGGUCUCAAUCACGUCGUCAGGAAGUGGUCAGAUCCUGUUGAUCGCACUGCGACGAUGCUCUUCCAGGUCCCUGGCGGUGCAGACGGCCCCAGUGGUGUGUUAGUCUGUGCUGAGGAUAGCGUCACCUACCGACACUCCAACCAGGAUGCGUUCAGAGUACCCAUCCCUCGUCGAAGUGGUGCUACUGAGAACCCGGAACGCAAGCGGAUCAUCACUGCUGGUGUGAUGCACAAGAUGAGGGGUGCUUUCUUCUUUCUUCUGCAGACUGAGGAUGGUGAUCUCUUCAAGCUCACCAUCGACAUGGUUGAGGAUGACAACGGCCAGCUGACUGGCGAAGUCAAGCAGCUCAAGAUCAAAUACUUUGAUACGGUUCCCCUCGCGUCGAACUUGUUAAUUCUCAAGAGUGGUUUCUUGUAUGUUGCCAGUGAGGCUGGUAAUCAUCAUUUCUACCAGUUCGAGAAGCUCGGUGAUGAUGACGAAGAGAUCGAGUUCACCAGCGAGUCUUUCUCUGCGGAUCCUUCGGUGCCGUAUGAGCCGAUCUUCUUCCAACCAAGAGGCUCGGAGAACCUGAACCUGGUGGAAACCAUUAACUCCCUGAACCCAUUGAUCGACAGUAAGGUGGUCAACAUCACCGAGGAUGAUGCGCCUCAGAUCUUCACUAUAUCUGGCGGUGGCGCUCGGAGCAGCUUCAGGACAUUGAAGCAUGGCCUGGAAGUGUCCGAGAUUGUCGAGUCCGAGCUUCCGAGUGUGCCUUCUGCAGUAUGGACAACGAAACUCACCAGAGCCGACGAGUUUGAUGCGUACAUUAUUCUUUCCUUCGCCAACGGCACUCUGGUCCUGAGCAUUGGUGAGACUGUGGAAGAAGUUACGGACACUGGCUUCCUCUCGACCGCGCCAACGCUGGCUGUCCAGCAGCUUGGUGAGGAUGCAUUGAUCCAAAUCCACCCCCGCGGUAUCCGCCACAUCCUAGCCGAUCGGCGAGUGAACGAAUGGCCUGCUCCUCAGCAUCGGUCCAUCGUGGCUGCUGCAACCAACGAACGUCAGGUUGCUGUUGCUCUGAGCUCUGGUGAGAUCGUUUACUUUGAAAUGGAUGCGGAUGGCUCUCUGGCCGAAUACGACGAGAGACGUCAGAUGUCUGGCACUGUGACUUGUCUGAGUCUGGGUGAGGUUCCUGAGGGUCGCAUGCGGGGCUCUUUCUUGGCUGUCGGAUGCGACGACUCGACUGUCCGUAUUCUGAGCUUGGAUCCGGAUUCGACUUUGGAGAACAAGUCAGUCCAGGCUCUCACCGCCGCCCCUUCAGCUUUGAACAUCAUGGCCAUGGCUGAUUCGAGCUCCGGUGGAACGACUCUGUAUCUGCACAUCGGUUUGCACUCAGGCGUUUACUUGCGAACGGUCCUGGACGAGGUCACGGGUGAACUAUCGGACACCCGGACACGCUUCCUCGGAUCUAAGGCUGUCAAGCUGUUCCAAGUCUCCGUCAAGGGGCAGGCGGCUGUUCUUGCCAUCAGCUCCCGUCCCUGGCUCGGCUAUUGUGACGUGCAGACCAAGGGCUUCAUGCUGACGCCGCUUGACUACGUUGGGCUCGAAUGGGGCUGGAACUUCUCCAGCGAGCAGUGCGUUGAGGGCAUGGUGGGUAUUCAGGGACAGAACCUACGAAUCUUCUCGAUUGAGAAACUGGACAACAACAUGUUGCAGCAGUCCAUCCCUCUAUCGUAUACUCCGCGUCGGUUCUUGAAGCACCCCGAGCAGCCGCUCUUCUAUGUGAUCGAGUCAGACAACAACGUCCUCUCUCCCUCCACUAGAGCUCGGUUGAUCGAGGAUUCCAAGUCGCGCGGUGGUGAUGAAACUGUCCUGCCGGCGGAAGACUUUGGAUAUCCUAAGGGUUCUGGUCACUGGGCCUCCUGCAUUCAGGUAGUCGAUCCUCUGGAUGCCAAGGCUGUCGUCCACACCAUUGAACUUGAGGAGAACGAGGCUGCUGUCAGCAUUGCGGCCGUUCCCUUCACUAGCCAGGAUGACGAGACAUUCCUGGUGGUGGGAACAGCGAAAGAUAUGACUGUCAACCCGCCUUCUCACAAGGGUGGCUACAUCCACAUCUAUCGCUUCCAGGAGGACGGAAGAGAGCUUGAGUUCAUCCACAAGACCAAGGUUGACGAACCGCCUCUUGCGCUUCUUGGAUUCCAAGGUCGUCUGGCCGCCGGUAUCGGCUCCCUGCUUCGCAUCUACGACCUGGGUAUGAAGCAGCUGCUUCGCAAGUGCCAGGCUCCGGUCGUGCCCAGGACCAUCGUCGGUCUCCAGACCCAGGGAAGCAGAAUUGUCGUCAGCGACGUCCGGGAGAGUGUCACGUACGUCGUGUACAAGUACCAGGAGAAUGUUCUGAUUCCCUUCGUGGAUGACUCGGUGUCUCGCUGGACAACCUCCACCACCAUGGUCGACUAUGAGACCACAGCCGGUGGUGACAAGUUCGGGAACUUAUGGCUCCUGCGUUGCCCCAAGAAGACGUCUGAAGAGGCGGAUGAGGAUGGAUCGGGUGCCCAUCUGAUCCACGAGCGUGGCUACCUGCAAGGAACACCCAAUCGUCUGGAAUUGAUGAUCCACGUGUACACGCAGGACAUCCCCACCAGUUUGCAUAAGACGCAGCUGGUGGCCGGUGGACGCGACAUUGUCAUGUGGACCGGUUUCCACGGCACCAUCGGCAUGCUGGUUCCGUUCCUCAGUCGAGAGGAUGUCGACUUCUUCCAGAACCUGGAGAUGCAGUUGGCUGCACAGCACCCUCCUCUCGCUGGACGGGACCACCUGAUCUACCGGAGCUACUAUGCCCCGGUGAAGGGGGUCAUUGACGGAGACCUGUGCGAGAUGUAUUUCUUAUUGCCUAAUGAUACGAAGAUGAUGAUUGCCGCGGAACUGGACCGCUCCGUCCGGGAAAUCGAGCGGAAGAUUUCGGACAUGCGGACCCGCGUGGCGUAUUGAUUUGCUUGGUACGGCGUCAACCAGGCUCGGCUCUGCUGGGUUUUAGAUACCCGAUAAUCUGUACACUUAUAUCCAACCAAUACCAGAUAUUCC